UUGUUUUCUACUGUCUGCUUCACUCUUUACUACUAAUAAAGAUACUUGGCAAGAGCUAAACUGUUACAAAUAAGAAAACAAGAAGAAUGGUCGACAAAAAAAAAGAAAAGGAUGAUAAACAAGUUAAAACAAGAUUGACCCCGACCAUCAUAUCCACCGUCCAUUCACUCGUAAUCACAAACUUUUUUUUAAGUUGGAUUAAGAUGUGGCCAUCCUUUGACCCAUCGUUGCUUGUAAAGCCAAGUUAGCCAACCAACGCUCAAAUCAUUAUAGGCGACGAUCUUAAACCAACCCCUUUUAAGAUUUUCUAUGCUUUUCUUCGCAUAUAGAAAUGCACAAUAUUCAUAACAUAUUUCCUUAAUCGCUAGUCGCUACUUAGACGUCUGAGAUACAUGUGACUGUUGCCCCCAAGAAUCCUCGGUUUUUGUUUUGUAUCUUGGAUUAUACAAAACAUGAUGGUGCCAUGUUAGAUGUGAUUGCCAUCCGGAAAAAAUUAGCCACUGAUCUUGUGUCUAAUAUGUAGUCAUGUUGCCAAAAAAUGAUCACAAUUCGUUUAGUCAAUCGAUUAGCCAAUUUAUGCGACUGUCAGCGACUAUAGUCAAUGUAUUCCUUGAUUUGUACGUUUAGUCGCACAUUUUUGGUAGAUGUUAUUCUUGGCGACCGACGUAUAUAAAUCAAUGUAGUUAUGAAUAAUUUAGUGGUUUGACAAUUAUGAUUAAUAAGGUAAAUUUGUUAAUUAAGCAAAAGUUUUAGUUGAAGUCUUGUAGAUAACACUCUUGAAAAAGUGUUACUCGAAAAUUAGAAAGUUAAAAUGUACUUCAAGCCUCCAAUACGUAAUUAUGACAGUAUAACAUACUGGGUCGGGGCAUGAGUCAUGCUCAUAUCAGCAUGUGGUUUCGAUAUUUCAUUAAACUCAAGUUAAAAAUGGUAUAUCAAAACUUCUUUCCAUCAUCCACUUAUCUCUAGUUUGACCUAAUAAGUGAACUUUAAACUAUUUUAUAUUUCCACCACAAAAUAUAAAUAUUAUACAAUACUUUAGAUUUUAUAUUUGCAAUGAUCAAAUAAAAUAUUGAAACUAUACUCUCUCUUCUAUAUAUAACAUACAACAUUGAAGCUGAUCAAACACUCCCCAAAAAAAUGGAGAAAAGCCAAAGAUGUAACAAAGACACAAACACCAACAUAGGCUUCUGCCUUCUUCCCUCUGAGCUCAUACAAAACAUUUUAUUCCACCUCUGUAUACCUGAGAUCAUCCGAAUGAAACUACUCAACAAGUUUGUUCUAAACACAAUCUCUGACCAAACCUUCAUCAGACAACUCAACCAUGGAUCACAAAGAGACACAUGGAUCUUUGUCUAUACAAGGCGUUGGCGUCGCGACAACGGUGUGCUUCACGGCUUUUCCAACCGUUCUGUACGGUGGUUCAAGAUCCCCGUGAAUGAAAUUUUGACCGGUGAGGUUUUUCCCGGUGAAGAUUUAUAUUUACUAACGGCUAGCGGUAACUUUCUUCUAUUUGCUUCUAAUACUCAUAGUGGAAUCCUAGCCGUUGAUUUGGUGGACAAGAGUGUUAGAAGAAUCAACUCAUGUCCUUUAGGUCCACGUGGCACGUCCUCGUGGAGACGGUCCGGUAUGAAGCUUGUACCCGAUCCAUCAAAUCCAAGUAAUUUCCGGUUUAUGUUUGCUGAGAUGGUAAAUAACCGACCGGUUUUGUUUACUUAUCAUUCUAAGACAACCACGUGGACUACUAAAGAAGCAGAGGAAGUAAAUAAUUGGGGGUUUAAGAAAAACAAUAACGUUUUCUUAAGCUUAUCAAACCGACCUCACGAGAGUAUUGUGAUGAGCGUGGACGAUGGGUCGAUGAUGAAUCGUGUUCCAUCGAUUUUGAGGCCAAGGAUGAACCAAGACGCUAUCAGAGGAUGCCCGUCAAGUGUUGGAUUCAGCAGGAACGAUCUAGAGAGUCAGUUGUUGCACAUACAUGGAGAUGAAUACAAAGUUGUUAUUAGGUUAGAAACAAUAGAGUUAUCAAAGCUGAAGAGAAUGAAGAGCCUAGAGGUUUGGGAGAUAAGUUCAAACGGUGAGAAAUGGGAGUUGGUGUCAAGAGCUCCAAGUGAAGUGCUCAGCAACAAGCUUUGUGGUGUGAUGAUGGGGUGCUUAGAGAGGAGACUAGGGGUGAUUAGAGUGGCUUUGAUGACGAACCGUGAGGGGUUGUGGAAUAUUAUAUGGUUGGAUUAUGAUAAGGAGAAGGAUAAGUGGGAAUGGGUCCCUUUACCACAUUGUAGAUUCUUGCAAGGCUCAAAUAUGGCCGGUAUUAGCUUUUCUUCUGGUCUCACUUUUUCAUUGUAACACACUUCAAAAGUUUAAUAUAAAUGUCGAUAUCAACCACCCGACCAUACGCUUUUUUAAUAUAUGAUUGAUGAAUAUAAUAAAUGAA